AUGGGAAAUAUCAGUGACAGUUUCUCUCGAAGAAUAAAUACAAUAAAAAAACGACAUCACACAAGUAAUGGAUUGAAACCUGUUAGUGCUUUACUUAUUGUUGAUGUGCAAUAUGAUUUUAUUGACGGCACAUUAGCUCUUAAAAAUUGUCCAAGUCAACAUCAAGGAGAACAAGUUAUACCACUUAUAAAUAAAUUAUUAAAUGAUGUUCAAUUUGAUCUUAUUGUUUACACUCAAGAUUGGCAUACACAUGAUCAUAUAUCAUUUUUUGAAAAUUUACCAUUACGUGCACAUCUACUUGCACAUGAUUCUAAAAAAGUUGAUGAAUUAAAAGUAUUUGACACAGCUAUAUUUUUAUUAGAUGAUACAACAAAAACAAAAAAAAUGCGUGUGGAACAAAUACUUUGGCCAACACAUUGUAUACAACAUAGCCAUGGUGCUGAAAUACAUAAGGAUUUAUUGAUAGUAAAACCAAAUAAAAAUCGUCAAGUUCAUCAUUUAUACAAAGGUAAUGAUAGUGAUAUUGAUUCAUAUUCAGCAUUUUGGGAUAAUCAAAAAAUUCGUGAAACAGAAUUGAAUUCAAAAUUACGAGAAAAUAAUGUUACAAAUGUAUUUAUUGCUGGUAUAGCAACUGAUGUUUGUGUAUAUUCAACAGCAUUACAUUCCGUUGAAAAUGGUUUUCGAACAUUUAUAAUUGAAGAUGCAUGUCGUGGUGUCGAUGUAACAAAUAUUAACUUACGUCUUGAUGAAUUAAUUAAACGUAAUUGUGUAAUUGUGCAAUCAAAUGAAGUUAAAGACUAUGUUUGA